AUGUGUGAUUCUGGAAAAAUACUAUGUCAGCAGCAGCAAACAUUUUCACCGGAUCAAUAUUUGGCUAUGUCAAUUAAUAGGUUAACUUCAAGCCGACUCCCAAGCCUCCUAACAAAGGCUACUUUUUCUUACCCAAGAGCCUAUUUGCAUGAGACGACGGUUUUUUUGCAAAAUAAAGGAGCUACCCAAGAUUCACCAGAACUUUUAGCAAAGAGUUCACAUCUGAACUCAGAUCCGUUGGAUGGAAGCAAUAAAGCACCUGUAAAAAGCACGCAAACAAAAUUACCUUUAGCUCAUAGCAAGUAUGAGUCGUCGAAGUACGAACUUCCCAGAUGGAAAGAAGCGCUGGGUGAGCUGGUAAUUCGUACGUUUCGUCUAGAUAUGGAUAGGGUCAGAGCAGGACCUGUUGCUGGGUCUUACUAUUAUACACUUUGUAAAAAUCAAGGUUUACAAUAUGAAGACGAACCGCUAUCAGAGACUGCUAAGUAUUUUUAUGAGGAUUUAAAGCUACCUCGUACUUUUUCACAAUGGUUUCAAAUUACUGCAUUGCACGAGUGGAUGCUUUUUGUACGUAUGAGAGCUAUGCCCUUCAAAUACGGCAGAAACUAUCAACAAAAACUAGUGGACAGAACAUUCUCUGAUAUUGAACUAAGGUUAUUCGAAGAAAUGAAAGUCAAUUCUGGUAGAAUUGCUGACCAAUACUUGAAAGACUUUAAUUCACAGUUUAGAGGCGCGGUGUUUGCGUAUGACGAGGGCUUUGCUACAGAUGAUCCCACGCUUGCUACAGCAGUUUGGAGAAAUCUAUUCGGUGGCAGAAAAGAUAUUGAUAUGCUACACUUAGAAUCUGUUGUGGGGUACAUUCACUCCCAACUAUACGUUUUGAGUAGGCUAUCGGAUAGAGAAUUUGCUACAGGUAAAUUCAAAUUUGUUCCUCCUGGGGUAAAAGUAGAAAAGCUAACACCACAACAAGAAGAGGAUUUGAAGGCAAAAACCAUUGCAAAAUAUGAGGCUCAAGAUAAAGACCCCAACACUUUACCAAGUGAAAGAAGUAAACUGUCGUACACAAAUUAG